AUGUCGCAAGAGAAUGAUGAUAUCCCUGGUAAUCAACCAAUAGACGAGGAAAGGCAGCAGCGUUAUAUUAAGUGGAAGAAAAACACCAGGCUGCUCUACGAUUAUCUCAACACAAACAGCAGUAAAUGGCCUUCACUAACGUGUCAAUUCUUCCCGGAUCUGGACACAACCACGGACACCCACAGACUAUUGCUAUCCUCCUUCACAUCAUCGCAGUUACCUGACGAUGAAUCGCUAUAUAUUGCAAAGAUUUCGACUCUGGGGCACCUCAGCUGGUCGUCGUUGAACAACUUUGACAUGGAUGAGAUGGAAUUCAAGCCCGACAACUCGACAAAACUGCCUCCAAAGAACCUCGUCAGCGAGAUCUCGAUACGGUUCCCCGGUGGCGAUUGUAACAGGGCCCGCUACCUCCCACAGAACCCAGAUGUCAUAUCCGCCGCAUCCUCGGAUGGAUCGAUCUACGUCUUUGACAGAACGAAACAUGGAACCACCGUUAGUCGGUCGGCUACACCGAAACCGUACGAGAUCAGACUGUCGACGGCGUCUGAUAUAGUUCAUGUCGACCAAUUAAACGAGGCAGUCUCGCUCGACUGGAAUCGAAGGAAAGAAGGUUUGCUUGCCUCGUGUUACGCUGGCGGCCAAAUACUAGUAUGGGAUAUAUCGCAGUAUGCGCGCUCCAAUCCACUGAUAGACACGCCUGUGUGCUCGUUGCAGUUCGAUACUGAAGGCGCCAACGACGUUACUUGGAUGCCCUCGCAUGACUCUCUGCUGGCUGCCUGCGGCGAGUCCAAUACAGUUGCGCUCUACGAUACAAGAACCGGGACCAGCGUGUCAGCCACACAAGCGCACCUCCACGCCGGCGGUGCCAAUUCAUGCGAUUUCAACCCCCACAACGACUUCCUUCUCGCCUCUGCAGACGGCAAUGGGUCGCUAAACCUGUGGGACAUAAGAAAACUCGACCGUUCGCCCAUACAGACAAUAGUGCACGGUUCCUCGGUCUCUACAAUCAAGUGGAACCCAAAGAUGGAGACGGUCAUCGCGCUGGCAGGCCAAGACGACGGUCUUGUCAAGCUGUGGGACGCCGCAAGCGGCCAACUCAUCUUUACCCAUGGAGGCCACAUGCUUGGUGUCAACGACAUCGCCUGGAGCCCGCACGACCCGCAUCUGAUGUGCUCGGUGUCAAACGACAACUCAGUCCACGUCUGGAGGCCUUCGUCGCACCUAAUUGAAGCUCAAAAUUGA